ACAGCCUAUAUUUAUAACGUUCUAACGAGAUUCUGUGUUGGCUGCUCGAGGCAUAUAACCUUUAAUAUUUUCUCAAUGAUAAUAGUGUAAAUAUACAGUGCAUACAUAUAAUCAAGCGAGUGAUGGAAAGUAAAGUGGACGCUUUUAGGGUAAAGAAGGAACCUAACGAUACUUGGACAGAUGCAGAAUACGGUCACAAUAUCGAUUCGCUGAACGUUUGCGAAGCCAAAAACUUUCAAACAUUUACCUUACAAAAACCAUCGGCAACUCACAUGCACGAAGUUAUGGCGUUACAGAAAAAUUUAGAUGAAAAAAUAUUCAUUGUUGCAGAGUACAAAGAUUUUAAACCUGAACUCCCGUUUCCAUUGCCAAACGUCUGUAAAACUGAGGAUCAAAGUCAUUCAUCUGUAGUGAAAGUUGAAAAGGAAAUUGAGAACAAUCUUCCGAAUGAUGAAGAAGUGAUAAUUUUAAUAAAGAAAGGAUUCGAUUACGAAAAUAAUUGUCAGCUUCUAGAAAAAUCUCCAUUGCAGAUUGACAAAUAUGCCAUUUUCCAGCAGUCGUGCACAUACAAAAGUAACCUCAAAAAUCAGACUAAUGCAAAACAUCAUCAAAAUAAACUCUUUGAGUGUGACAUUUGUCAAAAAUCAUUUGGAAGAAAAGCAACCCUCAAUCAACACAUAAAUUCAGUACAUAUUCGUAGCAAACCCUUCGAAUGUAAUAUUUGUCGCAAAUCAUUUGGACAAAAAGGUACCCUAAAAUCUCACGUAAGUAUAGUACAUUACUGCAGCAAACCCUUUCAGUGUGAGAUUUGUUACAAAUCAUUUGGACGAAAGGCUUAUCUUAAAACUCACACAAGGACAGUACAUAAUCGGAUUAAACUCUUCAAAUGUGAUAUUUGUCAGAAAUCAUUUGGUUACCGAAAUAAUGUGAAAAAACACACGAUGACAGUUCAUGAUCGAAAAAAACCUUUUGAAUGUGAUAUUUGCCACAAAUCAUAUGGAUACCAGAGUGAUCUUAAAAGGCACAUAAAUACAGUACACAAUCAUAGUAAAUCCUUUGAGUGUGAUAUUUGUCACAAAUCAUUUGGUCAAAAAAAUUCUCUUAAAACUCACAUAAAUACAAUACACAAUCAUAUUCAUGAUCAAAGGAAACCCUUCGAAUGUUAG